GUGCCGGUGAGUCUGGGAAGAGCACCAUCGUCAAACAGAUGAAGAUCAUCCACGAGGACGGCUACUCAGAGGAGGAGUGCCGGCAGUACAAAGCCGUGGUCUACAGCAACACCAUCCAGUCCAUCAUGGCCAUCAUCAAGGCGAUGGGGAACCUGCAGAUUGACUUUGGAGACUCCUCCAGAGCGGAUGACGCUCGGCAGCUGUUUGCGCUCUCCUGCGCCGCCGAGGAGCAGGGCGUCCUGCCGGAGGACCUGGCCAACGUCAUCCGCAGGCUGUGGGCGGACAACGGGGUCCAGGCGUGUUUUAACCGCUCCCGAGAGUACCAGCUGAACGACUCCGCUGCCUAG